AUGAAUUUUAUAAUGGAUGACUUUCAUGUCGGAUCUAGUUGUAAUGAAACAUUUGAUGAUCACUCUGGAAAUAUUCAAAACUUAGUAUGGCGUCUGGAAAAUGAUAUAAUACAUACUUAUAAUAGUUUCGAUGAAAGUAAAGAAGCUCUUCAUUUUUACGAAAAAGCUCUAUCUAUAUUGGAAAGCUCAACUUCACCAUUAGUUGACAUCGACAAUAUACGAAUCGUAUGCUUGGAUCGUAUUGCAACCAUCCAUCAACGAAACGAUAAUUUUGAAUCAGCACUCGGUUAUUUAAUUCGUGGCUUAAAUGUUAUGCACCGCAAGGAAAUAAUACCGAGGGUAAUUGCCAAUAAAAUGCGUCAUAUUGGUCUUGUGCAUAUGACCCUUGGAAAUUAUAAUUUGGCGUUAACAUCUUUCAAUGAUGCACUCAUUAUACUGCAAUCAGAUUCAAUAGAUCCGAAUGAUCGAGAGAUUAAAUUAACUUUAAGACGAAUCGAUGAAGCUAAAGAAGCACUUGAAUCAACUACACAUGCCUAA